GAUUGCCAACGUUUUGUAAUGAGAUACUGUGCGUGCAACGUGUUUUAAAUUUUCUGGUUUUCUAGGUUUCGAAUUUUGAAUAAACAUGGUAAAUUGUAUGCUAUUUUUGAUGUAAAUGAAAUCUAAGUAAUAUUUUUAAGUCUUGUUUAGGUUUUGAAAUUUACAUAAAUAUGGUGAAAUAUGUAACAUUAUGGGUCAUGUUCAUCGUUCAAUAAUUUAAUUGGACAUUACGUCUUUUUCCAACUUUCAAAUGAUUUGCGUGUGUUUUUCCAUAUUGUUUUUACUAAGGUUGCAUUUCCACAAGAAGUCCUGGUAGUCAAGAACUAACUAUGCAAGGAAAUCCACGAAUAUGAUUUUCUGAGACAAAUUUAGACAGAAAAGGAACUUUUAAAGUAGAGUUCCUUCAAGAGAUUGAGAAAAAGGUUCAGGAAAGAUGGGACAAGGAAAGAAUAUUCGAAGUAGAAGCUCCUACAGAUGGAAAACAACAUGAAAAAUAUAUGUGUACAUUUCCAUAUCCUUACAUGAAUGGGCGUUUACAUUUAGGACACACAUUUUCACUCUCAAAAUGUGAAUUUGCUGCAAGAUACCACAGACUGAAAGGUCGGAUUACAUUGUUUCCAUUUGGUUUUCACUGUACUGGUAUGCCCAUAAAAGCAUGUGCAGACAAACUCAAGCGCGAAAUGGAACUGUAUGGGUGUCCACCUGUGUUUCCAGAAGAGGAAGAAAUAUCUGUUAAAGAAGAUGGUGAUAUAGUUCCAAAAGAUAAAAGCAAAGGUAAAAAAAGUAAAGCUGUUGCUAAAACUGUAGCUGCCAAAUACCAAUGGCAGAUAAUGAGAAGCAUUGGUAUUCCUGAGGACGAAAUAAAAGAAUUUGCUAAUGAGAGUUAUUGGCUUGAAUAUUUUCCACCAAGAGCUGUUACAGACUUAAAAAAGAUGGGCAUACAUGUUGAUUGGCGUCGUAAGUUUAUUACAACUGAUGCAAAUCCAUUUUAUGAUUCCUUUGUUAGAUGGCAAUUUAAUCAUUUAAAAGAACGCAAUAAAAUAAUGUAUGGUAAAAGGUACACAAUUUUCACACCAUUGGAUAUGCAACCUUGUAUGGACCAUGAUAGAAGCACUGGUGAAGGUGCUGGACCUCAAGAAUAUACUCUUAUAAAAAUGGAAGUGUUAGAACCUAUUCCUGAAGCCCUCAAAUCUUUAAAAGGAAAAAAGAUAAAUCUCGUUGCUGCCACUUUAAGACCAGAAACAAUGUAUGGUCAAACCAACUGCUGGAUACACCCUGAUAUAAAAUAUAUAGCUUUCGAGACAGUUAAGGAUGGUGUUUUCAUUUGUACGAGACGUGCUGCCAGAAAUAUGGCUUUUCAAGAUUUUACUGAAAAAGAAGGAGAAUUUAAAAUUUUGUUAGAGAUUGUAGGUCAGGAUCUUCUUGGGGUAGCAGUUAAAUCGCCCUUUACAUGUUAUGUUAAAAUUUACUGUCUACCCAUGUUAACUAUAAAAGAAGAUAAAGGAACAGGCAUUGUGACAAGUGUACCAUCAGAUUCACCUGAUGACUAUGCGGCUCUUGUAGAUCUUCAGAAGAAACCUGCCUUUAGAGAGAAAUAUGGUAUUAAAGACGACAUGGUCCUGCCAUACAAUCCUGUUUCUAUACUUGAAAUACCUGAGUUUGGCAACUUGUCAGCUGUUCAUGUAUAUAAUGAACUUAAAAUACAGAGUCAAAAUGACAGGGAGAAGUUAACUCAAGCAAAAGAAAUGGUUUAUUUGAAAGGGUUUUAUGAUGGUGUUUUAUUAGUUGGUGAAUUUAAAGGCAGUAAAAUUCAAGAUGUAAAGAAGAAUCUGCAAACUAAACUUAUUGAAGAGAAAAGUGCUGUUUUAUACUAUGAGCCUGAAAAAACUAUAAUUGCUAGAUCAGGUGAUGAAUGCGUCGUAGCUCUUUGUAAUCAAUGGUAUCUUGAUUAUGGUAAUGAGGAAUGGAAGAAACAGGUUGAGAAGGCACUUGGUGCAAUUAAUACCUAUCAUGAUGAAGUUAGGAAGAAUUUCCAAGCCACCCUCAAAUGGCUUCAUGAAUAUGCAUGCUCUAGAACCUAUGGUCUUGGAACCAGGCUGCCAUGGGAUACUCAGUGGGUAAUCGAAUCGUUAUCAGAUUCCACAAUUUACAAUGCAUACUAUACAAUUUCACAUUUUUUGCAAGGCAACACUUUUAGAGGUAAUAAAGAUAAUGCACUCAAAAUUAAACCAGAAGAUAUGACGACAGAAGUUUGGGAUUAUAUUUUCUUUAAGGAUGCAGGUUUCCCAAAAAAUACAAAGAUAAUCAAGAAAUCUUUGGAACUCAUGAGAAAUUCUUUUCAAUUUUGGUACCCAGUUGAUCUGAGAGUUUCGGGAAAAGACUUGAUUCAAAACCACUUAACUUUUUAUUUAUAUAACCACUGUGCUAUAUGGCCUAAAGAAGAAGACAAAUGGCCAAAAGGCAUAAGAGCAAAUGGCCUUUUGAUGUUAAAUUCUGCCAAAAUGUCAAAGUCAGAUGGAAACUUCUUGACUCUGACUGAAUCGAUAGAGAAGUUUAGCGCCGACGGUAUGCGCUUGACUCUAGCUGAUGCAGGUGAUUCAGUAGAAGACGCCAACUUCGUAGAGAGCACGGCAGACGCUGCCAUUCUCAGACUUUAUACUUUCAUUGAAUGGGUAAAGGAAAUGAUUGCUUCAAAGUCUACAUUGAGGACAGGAGAGUUCAAUUUCUACGAUAGAGUGUUCACCAGUGAAAUGAACACUAAAAUAAUUCAGACUGAUGAAAACUACAGCAAAUUGCUGUUCAAAGAGGCUUUGAAAUCAGGCGUGUUCGAGUUACAGGCGGCGAGAGAUAAAUAUAGAGAACUCUGUUCUGAGGGUGGUAUGCACUUAGAACUAGUUACGAGGUACAUUGAGACCCAGGCCAAGAUUAUGUCGCCCAUAUGCCCUCAUGUCGCUGAGCAUGUGUGGGAUAUGUUAGGAAACAAAAAAAGCAUAAUGCACCAGAGGUGGCCUAUGGCAGGGGAGAUAGAUGAGACAGCAAUCAAAGCUAGCAAUUAUUUAAUGGACACUGCUCAUUCUUUCCGUAUAUAUUUGAAAAACCAUUGCGCCGUUAAAAAGCCCAAAAAAGGAGAGGCACCGAAAUCAGAGAAAAAACCGAAUAAAGCUGUCAUUUGGGUCGCCAAGGAAUAUCCCAAGUGGCAACACAUUAUACUCUCUACAUUGAAGGAACUAAACGGCCCAUCAGGUUUGCCAGAUAAUAAAAUUAUAUCAAGUAAGCUGAGUGAAAUUCCUGAGCUGAAGAAGUAUAUGAAGAGAGUGAUGCCCUUCGUGCAGGCGACAAAAGAAAAUAUAGAGAGAAUAGGUUCAGAUGCUCUAUCGCUGGGCCUGUCUUUUGAUGAAGCUGCGAUAUUACUUGACAACAAGCAGUAUUUGCUCAACACCCUGGAUCUGGAUACUAUAGAGGUGAAGUACACUGAUGAUCCGGAGACAUCAGAGAAGUCACGUGAGGAGUGCGCGCCAGGUGCGCCUCACAUUAACUUCUAUGCAGAGCCUGGUGUGGACGUCAUCCUUAUUAAUCCCACUCCACUCAGUAGCCUCUUCACGGUGACAGUUGGCAUAGCCGAUGGUGACACCGUCGAGAAGAUUAAAUCAAAAAUCACUAAAGAGAUCAAAGCUAUAAAAGAUAUCACAAAUCUUAAAAUAUGGCGAUAUGAUGAUCCAAUUCUUGGGCCAAGGAAGAUACCGACCCCUGGUGACCACGAAACCAAAUGUAUUGUAUUAGAAAAUACUGCAGUAUUAAAAGUUGAUUUGAACGCUAACAAAGUGGAGCUAGUCAGUAAUGGAAAAAAUAUAGAUCUUGGCAGACAAAUGGUGUAUACCUAUGAAAAGUAAAACUUUUUAUUGCUUUGACUAUAUUCAAGUUCAACUGAAAACUUCCUUUUGUAUGGUAAGAAUAAUAAAUUAUUUAUUUAUGCUUC